AAGUGAGGGGGGGGGGACACAAAUGGGAACUGUACUGCUCCCCCCCCCCUCCGUUUCGUAACGAAAGAGUUAUUCAGUGAUAACUGCAUUCGUGAGCAGUACGCUCGACUUUGAAACAUAUAUUUGAAUUGCCGUAUAAGUAUGCAGCCCUCUGUGUAUUUGUACUUCUGAUGUAGAUAAUGUAGUACACUUUGAUAGGUGUUCAGUCAAUCACUUUACUUGCUACAUGAGAAUAGAAUGCCUUCAAUUAUUUGUACUUAAGCAAGAGUCGCAAAUUAUACACAAAAAGAAAAGUUAAAUUUUGUCAUUCAACUUUUUAGAAAUGAUAAAAUAUAACAUAUAUAUAUAGGAUUAGUAGUAUAGAAGUGUGUAAAACAAUCGUAGCUGUGUUACUAUUUCAAAUCUGGAUUGCGUCACGGGCAUAGAGGCCCAGGCCCUGUAUCCAAGUGCAAGACCCGUCAGUGGAUUUUACCAACGUCACAUCAGUUCGAACACAGCACCUUUCACCACUCUGAGUCUAGCUCUGCUCAGCCAGUCACGUGAGCUCCGGUGAAGUAAAACGAAAGGUGCGGUGUGAGGAGGCCACGACGGGGGGACACCCUCCUGAUUUCACGUCUGUUACUUAGCCGUUAAAUAGUGUUGGAUUUACGCUUGAACCUUCCCUGUCACAAUACCAGACGGCUGGAAUCCCCUUCCGUGUUUUCAAAACUCAAUUACCGCGCGCAGCGGAUGGCCUCGUUAAUGAGGGUCUCACGUUUAUGAGUGUGAUUGCCAUUAUGUUCACGUGACAAGAUGGAUUAAUUUCACACAAAGUAAGAAUGUCUUCAUGACAUCACAACACCAUGUGACUCAAAUGAACCGGAAACAGAACCAUGAAAGCUCUCCGGUGAAUUGACGGAAAUGACCUACGAGCCCCAGUACCUAUAUAUCUGUGUGGUCACAAUUGUCUUUGUCUGCCAGUCAGUUGUCUCCAUAGCAAAGUUUGAGGACUAUACCAACGGUGACCAUUCCGAAGAGCUGGAUACUUUGUAUGACAGAAAGAAUCAUUUCUUACCGACAUUUCUGCCCACACCGAGUAACAUCACCUACAACAGAGGGGAGGAGGCGGUGUUGCAGUGUGCCAUAGAGAACAGGGGAACACGAACGAUUGUUUGGAGAAGGGCAUCCGAUCCUAAUCCUUUAACUAUAGGUAUGGAUACGUACAUCGGUGACUCCAGGUUCAAGGUCAUACAUAAGAAGCACUCAUUGGAGUGGAACCUUCACAUCUCUGACGUCACGCCGGAGGACAGCGGCGUGUACGAGUGCCAGGUGUCGGCCAAAAGACGUCACAUCCGUCAAAAUGUUAUGCUGACUGUACAAGCUUUACCUCGGAAAGAAGCUCCAGAAAAAUCUACCUCCAAACCAGAAAUAAGUAUUCAUGGAACGUUGUUCGUAGAGAGAGGUGACACCCUAAGGCUGACCUGCAACGCUACAGGAAGUGAGUAUCCACCCGACGCUAUUGAUUGGUUCAAAGAUGGAGACAAAAUAAAAAAUAAUGACAGAGUGACAUUAAGCAGUGACGUCUCACUCUCAGACAGAACUAUCAGCAGCACCCUGUCAAUAAAACGUGGCAAUAUGACGGAUGCUGGCACCUACAUCUGCCGGACGCCUGGCAAUCUUGUGACUAGUGCCAAAGUCAAUAUUCUGAACACCGGAACUAACAACGAAAAGAGAGUUCCCUUUAUUCCAGAAUCAGUCGACAUGACAGCCGGUCCAAGCCGAAGCGGGAACAGCUGCCUUCGUGGCUCAGAGCCUUCUAGACGUCUUCUACUUGCCAUGAUUUUAUUGACCAUUGUAUGUUUCAGGGGAAAGAACUUUAUCAGCAAACAUUCUUCUUGAAAGUAAAAACGCGGUUAUUGGUUCAUGCCAUUGGAUCAGAAUAUUAAGACUGGAUAUAUGGUGGUACUGGCGCACACUGAGAGCGUCCCGUUAUCUUAAGAAAGUGAGUCGGACUUUCAAAGAGAAAAAAUGAUUCGUUUCCAUGAGAAUAAGUGUCUGCAUUGCGAAAGCUCAAACAAUGUUCUAUUUGUAGUGUCUGCAUUGCGAAAGCUCAAACAAUGUUCUAUUUGUAGUGUCUGCAUUGCGAAAGCUCAAACAAUGUUCUAUUUGUAGUGUCUGCAUUGCGAAAGCUCAAACAAUGUUCUAUUUGUGACCCUAAAUGUUUGGAUCCCUUCAUUGAACAAAACAAAAUCCAUACAUUCAGGAGAACCUGCAAUGGACUAUAUCUUAGUUCUCUAGGAUGUGAUAAUGUCAGGAACGUUUGCAGCCAGCACAGAUGACCAAUAACUGACUCUAGUACUUUACUCAGGUGGACAAUUCAAACUUGGUGUGAUUCUGACUCAGGAACAAAGGACAGGAUUGCAUUAGACAUUAUAGGCAUUGUCUGUGUUGCUUUCACUGUACUAUUUUGUUGCUCUGCACCAUUCAUGACAAUCUUAGCACCUCAGAUUCACAGCCCAACACUGGCAAGAUACAGUAUUUGGUGAAUCAAAGCGUAACAAGGUUCAGUAGGAAGGCUUUCUCAAACGUUUUUAAAGCUUUCCUCCUUUUGAUCAUUGUAAUUAAAAUUAUAUGGAAUUUUUAUGAAGUAAUUAGUAAAGUUGAAAUUAUUUGUAUGAUUAUAGAAAUAUAAUUGGUAAACUACGAAUAGAUCUAUAAGAACAACCUUAAAUUUUGUUAAUGCACCUCAGCAGUGAUGUUGUAUCUAUCAUUUUUACAUAAAUUAAAACAGUGAUUACCUCUGAGUGUAUGUAUGAUUAAACUAUUUAUAGAUUUCAAUUCACAACAUUGCUUUAUGCUUUAAUAAAGUGUAAUUCACCUAUUAUAUAAGUUACUUAAAAAUUUAGCAAUAUGAUAUUAUUAUUCACUUAAAUCUCAACUCAACAUUUCAAAGCUCUUUCUUCUUAUCGUUUUGACAGUCGCUGACAGAAGUCAUUUUACUCUCCAGCUAGGUCUGUGCACCUUUCCAACAGAACAAAAGCCGCUUCUCUUUCAUCGUAGUUGGCAUUGGAAACUUUAAUAUCCUGACACAGUUGUUUCCCUUCUACAUUCGAGAACUCAUUAGUUUAUAGUUAUAAGAUGACUAGUUCUAUGAUAUUUGUAAGAUAUGUUUUAAAUAUAUUUUUUUAAACCAUGUAGUAAAUAAUAUAUUUAAGAAACAAACCUUAUUUUUCACUUCUCAGUGUAAUGUAGAGAAUAUCUCUAGUUCUAAAUGAAAUAAAAGAUUAUUCUAAUAACAAAAAGGAACAAUAUAACUUUAGCUAGCUAUAUUAUUUAGUAGUACACUGUCUGUAUAUUUCUAAUUUUUCUCUGUGUGAUUCUAGGGUGUGUGUCUACCAACACUUUAUAGGUAGGCCGCCCUUUCUACAUAUCAAAUCCUUAAUUCGUGAAAGUUUAAAUGGGAAGCCGCAUUUUCAAAUGUGAGAGUAAGUGCAUCAAUAUUUUUGCCACUGUAUAAGAGCAUUCCAGUGUUCGGUGCAGCAUUGGUUUCUAAACAAUAAAAUCUACAUCCACGAUGUCAUGAUGCAAUUUCAAGUUUUUAACUUACCAAUAACAAGAUGUGGGGAAAUGUGUAAGACAUUGUGACUUUCAAGCUCAUCAGUUUAUACAUGUACACAAAGUAGAUUUAUCAAAUGUAUAUCAGUGUGCAAAGCUUUGACCCCAAACAUCAUUCU